AUCUAUUUUCAUGUCUCUUUGUUCAAAAAACGCACCAUCCAAAAGCGAAAUCCCUCCAACGAUCACCUUCCUUCGCCGCAUUAUUUUCCAUUUAAUUAUCUGCUGAUGUUUACCGUCCUCUUUGCAUACAUCCCGGUCACGUGACGGCGUCCGAACCAAUGGGAACGCCACCUCCGCGCUCCUGUGCGCGUCAGAGUGGCUCUCGCUGCCAGAGAAGCAGCGUCUCCUUUUUUCAGUCCCUGGGCUUUUUAAAAAAGACUCAGAAGCUUCAAUGUUGGAUGCCGUGCUAUGACAACGUCACUGCUGCUCCGUCCUCGCUGGGUCGACCCGUCGGUGAUGUUCCUCUACGACAACGGGGGUGGUUUGGAUGAAGUGAGCAAGAACAUGGAGGGUUUCGCUGGUAGCAACUUUGCUGCGAACCAGUGCAGGAACCUGAUGGCGCACACGGCGUCCCUGGCAUCCAGCACUGCGUACCCGUCCGGCGACGCGCCAGCUUCCAGUAUGGGCGAGCCUGGAAAGCAGUGCAGCCCUUGCUCAGCGGCUCAGAAUUCAACCAGCGCGUCCCUGCCUUACAGCUACUUCGGUUAUCCGUGCAGGAUGUCGCAUCACAGCAGCAUUAAGUCGUGCGGGACGCAGCCUCCUUCUGCGUUUGGAGACAAAUACAUGGACACGUCCGCCUCGGGCGACGAUUUUCCCUCCAGGGCAAAGGAAUUUGCUUUUUAUCCAACUUACCCCUCGGGUCCAUACCAACCUGUCCCGAGUUACCUUGACGUGCCAGUUGUUCCGAGCAUCAACACGCCGGCUGAAGCCAGACACGAGCCGUUGCUGCCCAUGGAGAGCUACCAGCCAUGGACUCUAGCUCCAAACGGCUGGAACAGCCAGGUCUACUGCGCCAAAGAGCAGCCACAGCCCGGACAUUUGUGGAAGUCCUCCAUACCAGACGCAGUGACCCACGCCGGGGGAGACUCCGGCUCGUUCCGACGCGGAAGGAAGAAGCGCGUGCCAUACACCAAGGUGCAGCUGAAGGAGCUGGAGCGGGAGUACGCAGCCAAUAAAUUUAUCACGAAGGACAAACGCAGGAGGAUAUCAGCGCAGACCAACCUGUCCGAGAGGCAGGUGACUAUAUGGUUUCAGAACAGACGCGUAAAGGAGAAGAAGGUUGUCAACAAAUUGAAAACUAUCAGCUAGUUUACAUAUUUUUAUUAUUUUCUUUCCGAAUGGACAUAAUCAUUUUGGAGAUACACAGACACGUUUGGACACAUGGAUUAGGACAACACGCUUCCUUUCUGAUUCAAAUGUUCCAGGCAAAUGAUUUCCUCCUGGAACAGACUUCCCGGGGCCUGGGAAGGCCGGACCAUCCUUUUCCUGACACGUGUCCGUAAAUGUUUAAAUAUUCAAACGGCAAAGAAGAAACAUAGCAUAGCGGCAGUUUGCAGUUUGUGUGACGUUUCCCCUCCUUUUGGCAUGCUCACUGUAAAGCGCCACCGAGCUUCAACUUUACCCCACCCAGAGAUGUCAGGAGGUUCUGGACCUGGAACUGUCAAAUAUUAAUCAGUCCUGGCAUCCAUUCGUAAUGUCUUACGUCGUGCUUGUAGCUUGUAUGAAGUCUAGUCUUAUAUGAAUCCAAGCUUUCCUUCAUUUCCAGUCUGUGGUGCAAUUUUUUUAUUAUGAUGCUUAGAUAAUCGUUCUGGAGAUGUCAUUCAUUUCAAUCCUCAGCUCCUGUAAUGCGUGUAUAUAUAUAUAUAUAUAUAUAUAUAUAUAUAUAUAUAUAUAUAUAUAUAUAUAUAUAUAUAUGUAUAUAUAGUAAAUUUCGGCAUUCCGUGAUGAUAUUGUGUUUACGUCUAUUGUGUUAAAGUCCGUCCCUGAAUUAAAAUGUGUUAAAAUUUUAUCCAAAUUUGUUUGAAAUACAUUUUUUUUCUUUGGUAAUUUUCUGGUUAAAAUGCAAACUUAAUUGUCUUCUUUUAUUUAUUUUUCCGCACGAGCCAGUUUGUUGUUUGGAUUAGGUUAGGGUUUCACUCGUGACUGGAAAUAGAUUUACUGAGUCUGUAAACUUUAGCGGUUAGCCCGGGAAAUGAUUUAUUUAUUCUCUUUAAAUUUUUUGUUGUUGGAAAUUAUUCUUAACGACUCAUUGUACAAAUAAUAAUAAUUUUAAAUUCUUUGUUUGCUGUAAAGAGGGAACAAAACUGGUUGAGUGAAGUAUAGGCAGACAUCGCCAUCUAGCGACCGUUUAGUGUCAUAAUCCUGUUAAACUGUAAAGUAUCAAAGACUGCGCUUUUAGGCCUGAAUACGACUUGUGUUAAUAGGCAUUCACAAAUAUUACAAUUAAUAAUAUUAACAACGAAAACAGCCAUAGUAAUAAAACACACACACACAGUAUAUAUCUAUAUCUA